AGCCGGGCGGCGCUGUCGUCUUCGCCUCCCGUGCGUCAGGCCCCCGACCCUCCUUCUGUCCUCCCUGCUCCCUGACAGGCCGGCCCGGAGCUCCCGGAGCGUCCUCCGUGUGUCCGCGAGUCUCUGGCACCACUGUAAUGGAAAAUCCCUACACUGCUUGUAAUCUCAAAAGCUGUCCGGUGGAGCAAAACUAGAGAGGAAGGAAACCCAGAACUAUCCAGACCACGUUGUAUGCAGUCUGGGUCUGAUUGAGGGAGACCAGGUUUACACGUUGUGCCUCUCACUUACUGAGGAAGAUGAAACUUCCUGAACUCCUAUAACGAGACUGGCACUGUGACGAAACGCUUUUCUAUCGGCGUCUGAGUGAAUCUUCUCAACAACCCUAGGAGAUAAUGAUGCUUGAGCUGAAAAAUUAAGGUUUCUGAAGUCAAAGCUCACAAGAUUAAUAAUGGCAGGAAAAUCAUCACUUUUUAAAGUCAUUCUCCUUGGAGAUGGUGGAGUUGGGAAGAGUUCUCUUAUGAACAGAUACGUAACUAAUAAGUUUGAUACCCAGCUCUUCCAUACAAUAGGUGUAGAAUUUUUAAAUAAAGAUUUGGAGGUGGAUGGACAUUUUGUUACCAUGCAGAUUUGGGACACAGCUGGUCAAGAGCGAUUCCGAAGCCUCAGGACGCCAUUUUACAGAGGUUCUGACUGUUGCCUGCUUACUUUUAGUGUUGAUGAUUCACAAAGCUUCCAGAAUUUGAGUAACUGGAAGAAAGAAUUCAUAUAUUAUGCAGAUGUGAAAGAGCCCGAAAGCUUUCCUUUUGUAAUUUUGGGUAACAAGAUUGACAUAAGCGAACGGCAAGUGUCUACAGAAGAAGCCCAAGCCUGGUGCAGGGACAACGGCGACCAUCCUUACUUUGAAACAAGUGCAAAAGAUGCCACAAAUGUCGCAGCAGCCUUUGAGGAAGCAGUUCGAAGAGUUCUUGCUACCGAGGAUAGGUCAGAUCACUUGAUUCAUACAGACACGGUCAAUCUUCACCGAAAGCCCAAGCCUAGCUCAUCUUGCUGUUGAUUGUUAAAGAGAUUAUCAUAGCAUUCUAAUCAACUCACACAUAUACACAAAGUAAACCCUAGGGUGGGGUGGAUAAGAGAAUUAGCGUUGAAGCAGUGUAUCAUCUACUAAUAAAAUUAAACUAUAUUGUUGCUUCAUUAGUUGGUGGGAGAAGGGACACAUCCACUCACAGAGGAAUCAUUAUUUACUUAGUAAUGGCACCUUACAUUUACAAAUUGUAACGGCUGUCUAAUGUUUCUUUAAAUAUGUAAGUUACACAGCUAAUAAAUGAGACAAACAAGACUUUAAUCAUAAUUAAAACAAAAAACUUGACUAUUCUAGAAGGUAUACUUGGAUUGGUUUUUUUCCCGGGAAAAUGGAGAACUACUUUUUAUGUGUAUAUUUUUAUGUAAUUAGCAUUCUAUUCUUGAUUCAGGGAAAAAAUUUCCUAAAGCAAUAAUGUUAGAUAUUAAAGAUUAAAAUCUAAUGCAUCUGGAAUA